AUGUACCUGUCGGACGACGGCGAAGUGCUGGACCUCACUGGUAACCAACUCAAGGACCUCGCCGGCAUUCCCCUCCCACCGACUCUCACCGAUCUGGACCUCACCACCAACCGCCUCGCCGCGCUGGACCCGCGGAUCGGCGACCUGGAGCGGUUGGAGAAGCUGUCGUUUCGACAGAACCUUAUAACGGAUGCGGCUGCAGCGGGGCUGAAGGAUUUGACCCGGCUGACGUCACUGAAAGAGCUCGUACUGAGGGACAACCUCUUGAAGAAGGUGCCGCUCGUCUCCCCCCUCACCGCCCUCUCACUCCUCGACCUCUCCUACAAUCACAUUCACGCCAUGGCGCCCCUGGCGGCCUCCGCCCUCCCCGCUCUGCGGGAGCUGUAUCUGGCGAACAACCGCAUCGGGCACAUGGAGGCGCUGGAGGGCUUCACUCAGCUGCGCCUGCUGGAGCUGGGGUCCAACAAGAUCCGG